ACACCAUCCCAAGGAUUCUCGUAUCACACCCCAUCCCGCUGUGCUCACCACUACGUCCACUCCCAAGGUUUCUCAUCCAGCGCCAUCGCUUCAUUGGCUCCUAAUUACCUGAUUCAGCAGGUUUUUCCCAAGGUCGCUCCGUUACCCUGCCUGCUUUCUCUUUAUUUAUAUUCAUUUUUGACAGACGCGUUACAAGCCUUGGUAGUCGUACGCCAUGGCGAGCAGUCACAUCAUUCCCAUCCCCGGAACUACCGACGCUGAUCCGGUCGUGCUCAUCGAGGUGACGCCAAUUAAAGGCAAGCACCCACUCGAUCUGCGCCUGGUCGGGUGCGAGGGAGAGAGUGGAUACGUUACAGAUAUCCGACACCGUGAUAUUGGCAAGCUCAAGAAACAUAACUUCAAGGGCAGCGACCAAGACUGGGAAACCUUGCUCUCCUACUUCUUGCUCCAGAAACAGCCUGAAGGCGACCAGGCAAAGGUCCUAGAUGACGUCCGCGUUGCGUACACCAUCAAGGCGGAGAAGCUGGAGAUCACUAUCCACAAGGACGUCCAGGGUAUCAAGGUGAUCCUUGGGGAAAUCUCGCUGGAGCUCAAUGAAGAGGAGGAAAUAGCGCCGUUCGAGUGGGCGCAGACGGCUGCACAGUCACAUGGGCAAGCACUGGAGGAAAUCACGCGAAUGAAAGCCGAACUCAGAAACAAGCAGGAGGUGAUAGAUCAGCUGACGGCCCAGUUGAAGGACUUCAUCAAGGCGAAGAAUGAAUCAGAAACAGCCAUGUUGCAGCAGUUCAUGCAGCUGCUCAAUGAGAAGAAGAGGAAGAUCAGAGACCAGAAUCGGUUGCUGGCUGGUGCAAAGGUGGAUAAGGAGGCAGCCACAGCAGUCAAGGCUGCUAGACAAGAGACAAAGCCCCGUAAAGCCGGUGCAUCUCGUGAGUCGAAACGAAAGGCGCCGGCGAAGACUCCUGUUGCCGAGGAAGAGGAAGAGGAAGCUAGCGACCGUAUGGAGGUCGACGAGGUGAAGAAAGAGGAAGGAGAAGAAGAAUCAGAGCAGGAUGACGACUCAAUCCCUGAGGCGUCCACUCCCGAUCGAGUGACAGACGACGAGACAGAUGAUGAUGACAAUCAAGAUGAUGGCGGUGCGCCGGCCUCGUCAGUAUCGCAAAGUAGGCAGCAGGCUGAGACAUCAGGUACCAAAUCAGGGCAGUCUCCCAAGGAUGCCUCUGUACCUGAUGCUCCACCUCCAAUACGCGAACUACCAUUCCACCGGCCUACUACACGCACACAAGCCACGAAAAUCCAGGCUCCCCCCGCAGAGGACUCGGACGAAACAGAGGAUGAGCUUUGAAUUGGCGCACUACAACGACUAUUAGGAUAGGUGACGGAUAUAUCUGAGUCCACCAUCAUGAUGAGAAUCGCAUAUAUACCCUUCGUAGACGAUCUGGAUGAGUUCAUCACCACUGAUUGAAUAAACGCGAACUUGUUCCACCACAAUGAAAUCAAAGCAAAAAGAUGUCUUUGUUCAACAACGCAAUCACGGAAAUAGCUUAUAAUGUACAUGCGUACGUUCACUGCUAGCCUCAUACUGUACUUCUGAUCUCGUCGAUGUUCUGGAGAAUAAUUAUGGUGAUAAGCUCAUAGUCGCGGUACCUCCCGCUUCGAGAGAAAUGGGACGUGAGGUUUGAACGCGGCACGGCCCAUAAGCGUGAUGACGAUGUCGCGCGCGACGUGGAGCGAGCGGGGCCAUGCCAUAUUCAGGCGAAGACGUGUGGACGUAUAGAUAGCUAAGGGAAAGAGUAUCUAGUGGCACGCCAGUAGUUAGUAAUUAUUAUU